AUGAAUUCACCAGACGCACCGCGUGAACAACGUCCUUUGAUUGCAAAUCCGGCUCUGGAAGGCACAGAUAAGACAAGGAAGACGCUCAAAGAACCCAUUGUUCGAGAAACGACGAGUCGCGGCAACUCGAUCUACGAGCCAUUGCAGAACCCGGAUGACGGCAAUUCGGCGACGGCCCGUAGCGACAGCGGCAAGGGCAGCGAUGCCGCACAUGAUUUCCAGAAGGUCAGCUGGACGCCGUUCGUGAUCCUGACUGAUAUCUGUGCGGUCAUACUCCCGGUUGGGUUUCUUAUCUUUGCCUUCUUGGUGUUGAGCAUCAAUGGGCACGAGACAGACGAGGCCUCUGCUGGACAAUAUCGAAAUGCAGUCACCAUUCUUGCUACCCUCUUCCCCAUAAUAUUCGCGGCUAUCAUAGGCCGUCUCAUGUCCCAAAUCGCCCGUUGGAAACUCGAAAGGGGCGCCACUAUGGAAGCGUUGGAGCAAUUGAUGGGAAGCCGGACUGUCGGUGGCACGCUAUUGAUUCAUAUCCAGCUUCGGGCCGUCAACCUCCUGACGCUAUCACUCAUUCUGAUAUGGAUCUUCUCGCCUCUGGGCGGCCAAUCCGUCUUGCGCAUGCUCGAAACCCGACCUCGAAGCGUGGUUACUCCUUCAAGCGUCGUCUAUUUCGACACUGAUGCCCGGUCCCAGUUUGCAUCCUGGUCAGAUGCUUCGCCGACGAGCUACGCGUAUAACAUCAAUCGGAUGUCCAUUGUCAAUGCCAUGUACAAUGCUCUGAUUCUCAGUCCCGAUGCCGUAAAGAGCGAUUCCAUGGAUGUCUGGGGAAACGUCAAGAUCCCGGCGCUAUCGUCGUACGGUGAUUUUGAGACAACAGAAUGGCAAGACGUUCCAGCAGAUAAAGAGAAGCUAGAGUUUUCAUCUCUCGUCGGCGUUCCCAUCACGCACGUCGCUGACGGAAACACAACCAUCUUGCUGGAAUCGAGCUACAUGCACUUCGCAUGUGACAAUAUCAGCGUUUCAGCGUUCUCGUACGAUACCCAAUCCGGCCCUUCGUUCGCCACAGCCGUCAUAUUCAACGAAACUUCGCUCUGUAUGUCCGACCGCUGCAGAACCGUCGCCAACGGGACCUGGCAGGGUUGGAACCUCAACCAGACAACCUCGUCAGACGGCAUGUCAGGAUGGAACCUCGCGCUUGACAACUUUGUAGAUGCGCAGUGGAAUGACUACGACUGGUACAGCAAGCGCGGGCUCAGGGUCGAGGAUUCCAACCGCCCCAACGUAUUUACAAAUGAGAAGGGAGUGGUGGCUAACCGGACGACUUUACUCUUCCAAGCGAGGGAGCAGACUAGUUCCCGCGGACCACCAGAUUACACGACGUCUCGCUGCGGCGUCACACAGAAAUAUGUCGAGUCAAGAGUGCGUUGCUCGCGAGACUCUUCUCCUUCCACCGCUCGACAGAGUUGUAGUGUCGUGGCGCAGCGCCCUUCUCAAAAGACCCACGCCGAUGAGAAUAUCUCCCAAUUGUCCUUUACACGAGUCUUCCGCUACGUCUCGCGAAAGCUGCCUCAAGCAACAAACCACUUUGGCUCAAGCUACACGUCGGAUAUCUCCUUGAACUACCUCGAGAACCCAUCCUCGAUCACCAUGACUGGUGCAAAUACGCCGCCGGAGCUGGCGAGCAUCAAACCAAAGGACUUUGGUUACCGGCUUGCGCAACUUGUCAACUCGUACGUUUUCCUCAGCCAAGCUUUCUCGAACGCCCCCAGUGGAAGCGUAGAUGUCAAUGCCACAUUUGAGCCCAAUUCCACUGUUGGCGUCGACGUCGAGACCUUGGUGGAGGUCUUCCACGUCCCUGGUCUAUGGAUGGGCCUGUAUAUUCUGUCUUGUAUUAUGCUUCUCCUAGGAGGUUUGACAAGUGCUAUUGUCACGCACUUUGUUCACGGGCCGGAGAUUCUGGGAUAUGCGUCGACUGUCGUGCGGGAUUCCAAAUAUAUGGAUAUUUCUCCUGAAGCUGGAAGAAUGGACGGCAUUGAUCUCGCUAGGAUGUUGAAAAAUCGAAGGUUAAGAUAUGGGUAUACUCAAAUGGCGGUUGAGGGCACUGCACUUGUAGGCGUUGGGUCACAGGAGGAAGUGGCAAGAAUGAAGCAGAAACAUUAA